UUCGUCAAUAGCUCCUCCCCAAAUAGGAAGUGGUGCCAACCAUUAUGUUUGCCAUUGUUUACAAAAACUAAGGUACGGGUAAAGAAAAACGUGGAUACGAGUAGCAUUUGAUUAGAACAAAAAGUUCUCACCUCAUUGGUUAAUGAACAUAGUUGUAGAUUUAUUAUCAAAUGACGAUGGAGAAUGCUUCCCGCUUUCAAAAUCAGUUAACAUGUCUCAUGAACGCGGUAGUGAGGGCAGCGGUUGUAGAAAUAGUCCGACUUGUAGAAAAUAACUCAGUGACUUUACGCCAAGAGUUGUCAAAGAGUAACCUGGAGAACGAAGCGUUGAAAGUCGAGAACGAAUCGAAUAAAAAGAAGCUUCAGAUUUUGGAAUCAAAGCUGUCGAUAUCGAUAGCUGCCCAGCCGUUGUCAGAUGGUCUUCGUCAUGCAACUGAAGCUGGUGGCAGAAAAGAUGAUUUUGACCACACGAAAGAAAGGGGAAAACCUAGUGCCGAGAUAACUGGUGCCGGGCCACAGUCUCAGGAGCGUGCAGUCCAAUCCCAGCAGACUAUGAAAAAAGAGGUAGGGGAGGGGCUGAGAGUUGUUGCCAUGGAGAAGGAUGGGAUGAAAGUAAUUGGCAUCAAGAAGGAACUCCGUGACGCCCCAGAACAGGAAAUACCAUCUCCUAUGAAGGAUGAGCAGCUCUGUCCCAAAGUUGACAUGGUGUAUGGUAAAGAGUGGAGCCAAAGCCUGUGGCGAGAUGGAAGAGAGAAAGCAGGAGACAGUGAUGAUGGAACGGAAAAAGAAGAAGCUCCAGGAACCUCAAUGACCCAGCAUCAGAACGGAAGUCUUCUUCAUUGCAGUAAGCUGAAUCCCUCCACUCCAAUCCUCAAAGUCUUCUGCGACCCUGAACAAGACACGUAUCCCGACUACCGUCUAAAGAGGGAAUCUCUGAAUUGCCUGUUCUCCUUGUCCCUGACCGGUAAAAACAGACAGACUGUGACAUUCAAAAUCCUUGUCUUUAUCUACUGGUUGGCCCACGGGACCUCCUUUAAAACUGUCUCGGAAACCUUCGGCAUCCCUCUGUCCACUGCUGCCAGCAUCGUUCGUGAUGUUGCCGAUAAACUGAUUAAACUCUCCUCCAAGAUGGUAAACAAGCAAUCGCCAGAGGAGCUGGCCCUCACAGUGGCCGGCUUUGGGAAACUGGCCCGUCACCCGAUGUUUGGAAAAGCUGUUGGGGCUAUUGGUGGGUGCCACGUCAGGGUCAAGGUCCCCGAUGCUCCCGAGAGGCCCCUCCCCACCAUCAACUUCCAAGGGGUUUGUGACCACACCGGUCGCUUCAUCGACGUCUUUGCCGGGCUCCCUGGGUCUAUGACUGACAUGGGGGUUCUAAGACACAGUCCCCUUUACAAAAUGGCCCUUUACCCUCCCCCUGGACACUUUGUCUUGGGCAACGGCGAGUACCACUGCCUCCAGACGCCCAUGUGCCUCAUCACGCCCUACCCAAAGUCGGACCGCCACCCGAUGCACGUCGAGUUCAACCGACACCAUGCCUUGGCCUUCUCUGCCAUUGAGAGGGCCUUUGGCAUCAUGAAGAAGCGCUGGACCGCCGUCUUCCUUCAGCCCCUUGAGCUCCAUCCUAGCUUUGUCCCCAAAGUGCUGGCGGUGUGCACGCUGCUUCACAACAUCUGCCUCAGUGUGGGAGAUGUGCUGGAGCCGGUGAAAAUGGACAAAAGCAAGGUGACAGAGGUUCAGAAGGAGCGGCUGGCGCCAAAUGAGACCAGCGGGGAGGGGUUGAGGGACAGUUUGGCAAAACAGAUGUCUACAAUGACGUGCCUGGCCACAGUGGGAAUUGUUGAAAGUACAGCCUCCGCGGCAAACGCCAUGACAGUGCAGAGAGAACAUGCGUACAACAUGGUGGUGAUGGAACGUUGACUGAUUACAGUGGGUGGGGCAGAAUAAAUCACCAUCAAUGACCAUGUUACCAUCCAAGUGGUGACCAGUUUUCUAAAAAAUAAAUCUACAUUUCCCAACUGUCUCGUUUACUCGUUUUCAUGUACAGAAUAAAAAUCUAAAGUUUGAAUUUCCUUUGCAUAGGCUACAUGAAGAGGUUAUUAUAGAUAAGAAACCUUUUUUUAUUUGUUAAAUGGCAGAAUGAAUCACCCCACGUUAACUUUCCACACUGUGAAGUGCCUACACACAGUGCCUUCGGAAAGUAUUCAUACCCCUUCGCUUGCUGAAAAUGUUGUUGUGUUGUAGACCUAAAAUCUCAUUGUUUACCUUUAUUUGUCUGUAAAUCUACCCAGCCUUCUUGGCAAAAUUGCUCAAGCUUUGUUAAGUUGGAUGGGCAUACUACUGCAAUUCGAUUUAGUUUUUGUAAUUUAGAAGGUUAAGAUGUUUAGUGGCAUAAACUCCCAAUUUAAUCUAUUUUCAUUUAAUUUUGUUACAGUAAAAUGUGGAAAAACUCCAAGGGGGGCAUACCUUUAGUAGAACCACUGAUGUUUGAUUUUGGUCCCUUCACACCAGAGAAUCUUUUCUCAUGCUCUUGAGUGUCCGUUAGGUGGCAUGUCCUAUGCCGUUUACUGAGUGGCUUCCAUCUAUCCACUCUACCAUAAAGGCCUGAUUGAUUGAGAUCUGCAGAAAUGGCUGUCCUUCUGGCACCUUUCCCAAUCUCUACAGAGCAACUGCUUUUGCAGCCAGUUCUCUGUUGUGAAGCCCACUGUGCCCUUGGGAUAUUUCAAAGCUUUUGCAAUAUUUUAAAUAACCUUCCGGAGAUCUAUGUUAUGACACUUUUUUUUUGUAGAUCUAGUUGUUUGGACUUCUGGGUUUGGCUUUGGUUCUGACAUGCACUGUGAAGUGGGGGGCCUUUAUGUCGACAGAUGUAUGCCUUUCUAAAUUCUGUCUGAACUAUUGAAUAUGACACUGGUGGACUCUAAUCAAGUUCUGGAAACAUCUGAACAACAUUAAAAUAACACAGAAUUAGGGGGGAAUGGGGGGG